AUGUGGUCAAGUAAUGGCGAAGGUGAAAGCGCUAACCGAAGUGUACAAACUCCACCUGCGGCCUAUAGAGAGGUUUUAUCACCAAGUCUUCCACAUCCAUCCACCACGACUCAUGGUGCAAAUAUACGACGACGUAAGAUUGAGAUUGAGAUUACCGAAGGUGCAUUUAAGGGUCCUACGUGGCAGUUUCCAGGUGCUGGUAGCUCUGAGCAUGUACAAGUACCAGACGAUGAAUUAGAUGCGAUUCAAAACGAGUUAAACAAACCGAAAAAGCUGUUGAGCCAGCUACCAGCUACUUCCAUCUCGGGCAACGACAUACUAUCCAGUGUGCUCUACUCGGCGUCGUCAGUGACAGCGAAAGCUGGUAAAUUGAUGCCUAUUCCGUUGCUCAUGGUUUCCACUGUACUUUUCUUCUUUCGAUUUAUUUACGAGGAGGUAGUCACGGCCAUUCCAAUGAAUGGUGGAACUUAUAAUGCUCUUUUAAAUACAACAUCAAAACGCACAGCAGCAGUGGCUGCCUGUCUCAGCAUAUUGUCGUACGUGGCAACGGGCGUCGUUUCGGCUACUUCUGGUGUUCGAUAUUUGAAUAAUUUGAUUGACAUUCCCAUUGUCGGCUCGACUAUCAUUUUGUUGGGGGCUUUUGCUGCACUUACGGUGAUUGGUAUUACCGAAAGCUCUCGCGUUGCCGUCGUCAUCUUUCUUCACCAUAUUGUCGUGCUAGUUAUUCUUUUCGUGUCGUGUGUGGUCUAUGGUAUACAGCAUCCUCACGUCUUUCGUGACAACAUGCACACUGGCUACCCUGAAGUUGAUUUUGCGGGUUCUAUGCUCGAUGGAAAUGUACUGACAGCCAUUUUCUUUGGAUUUGGUGCAUCAAUGCUGGGUAUCACAGGAUUUGAAUCUUCGUCAAACUUUGUUGAAGAGCAGAAACCUGGUGUCUUUCGCCAGACUCUUCGCAACAUGUGGGCACUCGUAACAUUUUUCAAUGUUGGUCUUGGCGCUGGAAUCCUCGCAGUCUUACCGCUAGAAGGUCCAGGCGGCAUCUACGAUAGUUCGGAUGACCUUCUUGCAAUAGUCGGUCGGGAAGCCGUGGGAAGUUGGUUCGAAUCCUGGAUUUGUGUUGAUGCCUUUAUUGUAUUGUCCGGUGCGAUUUUGACAUCUUACAUUGGUAUUUGUGGUCUCGUUCGACGUUUAUCAAUGGAUCGUGUAUUGCCAUCUUUUCUGGCACGAACAAACAAAUUGCGUGGCACAAACCACUAUAUUAUCGGUAUCUACUUUCUUCUCUCGUCAAGUCUCGUACUCAUUUUAAAUGCUGAUGCCACCACGGUGAAUGGUGUGUACACAUACGCAUUCCUUGGACUGAUGGCUAUGUUUUCGUGCGCUUGCAUGUUGUUGAAGGCCAAACGAUCCGAGAUUCCACGGGAUGUUCACGCUCCAUGGACUGCAGUUAUCAUUGGCUUUGUUUUGGUUGUUGUUGCCAUCUUUGCCAAUUUGCUCGGUGACCCAGAAGUUCUCAUGUAUUUCGCCAUUUACUUUAUCGUCGUCAUGUUUGUUAUCUUCAUUAUGUUUGAACGCGUGAUGAUUCUUCGAUGCAUUCUUGCUAUGAUGAAAAAGAUGGCGCCAUCUCAACAUGGUAAAGCUGUUGAAGUUGGUCUUAUACCGAACGAUAUGUUGGAGGUUGAACACACUGGUGCGCGAGGCGGUCGAACAAUUGCAAGCAAAAUUGUGAGGAUUCGUGAGUCGCCUAUUGUAUUCUUUUGCAAGGCUCCAGACUUAACUAUUAUAAACAAGGCAAUCAUCUAUGUGCGCCGCAACGAGCAAACUAACACGCUGCGCAUUGUGCACGUGUUUAAAGAUUCGGAGUUGGAUGCUCCAAUAUUAGCAACUUUUCGAGAGGUAGUCGCUUUGUUUGACAGUAUCUAUCCGAAGAUUCGUCUGGACUUUGUGUCGGUGCAGGGCAAUUUCUGUCCAGCAAUGAUAGAAUGGUUGUCGCGCUCAAUGAAAGUACCACGCAAUAUGAUGUUUAUCACGCAGCCUGAUAUAAUGUCGGCCGAGCGCGUUUCAACAGUCGGCAAUAAACAAGAUACAACAGGACAAAGGAAUCCAAAAGGAAAAUAG